GAUCCAUUUUUUUGUUGUUGCUGUCGCCACCCAUUACGACUUCUUCCCCCGUUUCUUGCAAUGAUCGUCUUCUCACUCUCUUUCUCUCUCUAGAUUCCCUCUUUCUUCACUCCUCUCUCUCUAAAACGCUAAGAUGGCUUUGACCUUCCUCUAUUCUACUUCUUCCUUCUCAUCUCCUUCUUCCUCUCUUACACGACGCUUCGCCAACUACCAUUUUCCCUUAAGAAAUUUCUCCAUUUGGCCUCUUUCUUGUUUCCUCUCUGAUUCUCUGUUCAUUGACAGAGUACGUUUUGUGUUAAUCCCAGCUCUUACUCUGCUUUUGAUCUUCUUUGCUGCUGCAUUUCAGUUUUUGUUGGACUGACGAUUCUGCUGGGUUUUGGAUGUGGGGUUUGUGUUCUUGUGUUUGAUUGAGGUUUUUGCAAUCUGGGAUUCCGUGGAAUGAGUUGAUGACUGAGUUUUGAAUUUGGGUUUCUCGUUUUUCUUUCUGGGUUGUGUUAUUCUAAUUCGAUUUCUCAAUCUGGGUGUUUCGUGAAUGUGUUGAUUUGUGUGUCUCGACCAGAGAUUUGAAGUUGGGAUUCUCGUUUUCUAUCUGGGUUUAGUGUUUUCUUAGCUCGUUUGGUGUUUGAUUGGGUUUUUUGCAAGUUGGGGAUUUCAUGAAUGCGCUGAUGAUUGAGUUUGUGUUGGUAAUUCAGAGGCCGCUGAUUGCUAAAUCAUGGCUUCAGAGCGGCCACUACUGAUUAUAUCUCCAAAAACACCCAAGACUGUCUCUCACGAUCUACAUAAACCGGAGUUGAACCGACCUGGAUUGUUGUUCGCCAUGGAUUGUCGAAGUCCUAAUGAGAACUCAGCGAGUACCGAACUGGGAUAUCGUUCUUUCUCGCGGCGAAGUCAAUCAUGGCUGCAAUCGAAGUCGUCAAUUCGUGAAGUGAGUUCUAGUGAUUUUGGAUCGAGGCCAGUUCGUCAUGGUUCUCGAGGUGCUGAUUCUGAAGCAUUGAGCAUAUCCCAGAAGGAGAUCAGUGACGAAGAUGCGAGGUUAAUUUACAUCGAUGAUCCCGAAAAGACAAACGAGAAGUUUGAAUUCGCUAGAAAUUCAAUUCGUACCGGCAAGUAUUCGAUUCUAACUUUUCUGCCCAGGAAUCUGUUUGAACAAUUUCAUAGAAUUGCUUAUAUAUAUUUCCUUGUUAUUGCGGUUCUCAAUCAACUUCCUCAGCUUGCUGUUUUUGGUCGGGGAGUUUCCAUUUUGCCUUUAGCUUUUGUGCUGCUAGUUACUGCAGUUAAAGAUGCAUAUGAGGAUUGGAGAAGGCAUCGUUCUGAUAAAAUUGAGAACAAUAGAUUAGCUUCAGUUUUAGUAGAUGGUCAAUUUCAACUGAAGAAAUGGAAGAAUAUUAGAGUUGGUGAGAUAAUUAAGAUUGGUGCAAAUGACACCAUUCCUUGUGAUAUGGUUCUUCUCUCUACUAGCGAUUCCACUGGGGUUGCAUAUGUGCAAACUCUGAAUUUGGAUGGGGAAUCAAAUUUGAAAACCAGGUAUGCAAAACAGGAGACGAUGUCGAAAAUGCCCGACAAGGAGAAGAUUGUUGGGUUGAUUAAAUGUGAGAAACCCAAUAGGAAUAUCUAUGGAUUUCAUGCUAAUAUGGAGAUUGAUGGGAAACGUCUGUCUCUUGGACCUCCAAACAUAGUUCUUCGUGGGUGUGAGCUUAAGAAUACUAGUUGGGCUAUUGGUGUUGCUGUAUAUGCUGGCCGUGAGACAAAAGCCAUGCUUAACAGUUCUGGAGCUCCAUCAAAAAGAAGUCGACUCGAGACUCGGAUGAAUGUGGAGAUUGUUAUGCUCUCUUUCUUUCUCGUUGCUUUGUGUACUGUUGUUUGUGUUUUGGCCGCUGUUUGGUUCAUCAGAAACAGAGAAGAUUUGGACAUUUUACCUUAUUUCAGAAAUAAGGACUUUUCAAAGGACCCACCUGAAACUUAUAAUUACUAUGGAUGGGGAUUGGAGGCAUUUUUUGUGUUCCUCAUGUCAGUCAUCGUGUUCCAGGUCAUGAUCCCCAUUUCACUAUACAUUUCGAUGGAAGUUGUUCGUAUUGGCCAGGCUUAUUUCAUGAUCCGAGACACCCAAAUGUAUGACGAAGCAUCAAAUUCAAGAUUUCAGUGUCGGGCUUUGAACAUAAAUGAGGAUUUAGGACAAAUAAAGUAUGUGUUUUCGGACAAAACAGGUACCCUUACCGAGAAUAAGAUGGAAUUUCGAUGCGCAAGCAUCUGGGGGGUCGAUUAUGGAGGUGAAAGUACCAAUCCCCUCGACGAGCAGAUUGGAUACUCUGUUCGAGUGAAUAGAAAGGUUUUGACACCGAAAUUGGUUGUCAAAACUGAUCCUGAGCUUCUACAGUUAUCGAAAAGUGGAAAGCACACCAAGGAUGGAAAAUAUAUUCAUGAUUUCUUCCUCGCAUUAGCUUCUUGUAAUACCAUCGUUCCUCUCAUUACCGAGACUUCUGAUCCUUCAGUGCAAUUAAUUGACUACCAAGGGGAGUCUCCAGAUGAACAGGCAUUGGUUUAUGCUGCUGCAGCAUAUGGUUUUAUGCUAAUUGAACGAACUUCUGGUCAUAUAGUUAUUGACAUACAUGGUGAAAAACAAAGGUAUAAUGUUUUGGGAAUGCACGAGUUUGAUAGUGACAGGAAGCGGAUGUCGGUGAUAUUGGGGUGUCCUGAUAUGACCUUUAAAGUAUUUGUAAAAGGUGCUGAUAACUCCAUGCUCAAGGUGAUGGGUGAAAAUCUGAACAUGGAUAUCAUUCAAUCAACUAAAGCUCAUCUUUAUUCAUACUCAUCAAAGGGUCUCAGAACCCUGGUUAUUGGGAUGAAAGAACUCAGUUCCUCCGACUUUGAUAAAUGGCACAUGAUGUUUGAGGAAGCUAGUACUGCUUUGAUCGGUAGGGCUGCUAAGCUUCGCAAGGUUGCCAGCAGUAUCGAAAACAAUUUGUUCAUAUUAGGUGCCUCAGGCAUUGAGGAUAAGUUACAAAAAGGUGUACCAGAAGCCAUAGAAGCUUUAAGAACCGCGGGAAUUAAAGUAUGGGUUUUGACUGGAGACAAGCAAGAAACUGCCAUAUCAAUAGGUUACUCCUCAAAGCUCUUGACAAACAAGAUGACCCAAAUUACAAUUAACAGCAACUCAGCAGAAUCGUGCAAAAGGAAAUUAGAAGAUGCAAUAAUCAUGUCGAAGAAGCUUGCUACUGCCUCUGGCGUUGCACUGGAUAAUGAAAGAAGUACUGAAGUUGUAACGACUUCGGUUGCAUUGAUCAUUGAUGGCAGCAGCCUUGUUCACAUUCUUGACAGUAAACUCGAAGAACAGCUUUUCCAACUAUCGUGUAACUGUUCUGUGGUGUUAUGUUGUCGAGUUGCCCCGUUGCAAAAAGCUGGAAUUGUUGCUCUUGUGAAGAGGAGGACUUCUGACAUGACACUUGCCAUUGGUGAUGGCGCGAAUGAUGUGUCAAUGAUCCAAAAGGCAGAUGUAGGCGUCGGUAUCAGUGGUCUAGAGGGUCGACAAGCUGUUAUGGCAUCGGAUUUUGCCAUGGGGCAAUUUAGAUUCUUGGUCCCUCUUUUAUUGGUCCAUGGACAUUGGAAUUACCAGCGGAUGGGCUACAUGAUCUUGUACAACUUUUACAGAAAUGCAGUAUUUGUUCUUGUUUUGUUUUGGUAUGUGCUCUUUACUGGUUACUCAUUGACGACGGCGAUCAACCAAUGGAGCAGUGUGCUUUACUCUAUAAUCUAUACUUGUUUGCCCACUAUUGUUGUUGGAAUUCUUGACAAGGACUUGGGAAGAAGGACUCUUCUUAGUUAUCCUCAACUGUAUGGGGCUGGCCAUAGACAGGAAAGCUACAACUCUAGAUUAUUUUGGUUAACAAUGAUUGACACUGUGUGGCAAAGCAUUGCUAUUUUCUUCAUCCCCCUCUUUGCAUUUUGGGCUACCACUGUCGACAUUUCGGGCCUUGGAGAUCUCUGGCUACUUGCCACGGUCAUCGUUGUCAACUUACAUUUAUCGAUGGACGUAGUUCGAUGGUAUACCGUCACCCAUGCUGUGAUCUGGGGAUCCACUCUUGCGACUGUCAUCUGUGUCAUUGUUCUUGAUUCGAUAUUGUCGCUUCCUGGUUACUGGGCGAUAUAUCACGUGGCGGGCAGAGCAUCUUUUUGGCUAAGUUUGUUAUCCAUCGUCGUAGUAGCAUUACUUCCUCGUUUUGUCGUAAAAUUCCUUUAUCAAUAUUACUAUCCAUGUGACAUUCAAAUAGCAAGAGAGGCUGAUAAAUUUGCAAGGACAGGAGAGCUGGUAGUUGUACAAACAGAGAUGAUCCCAGUCCUCAACAAUCCUUUACAAGUAUGACAAAACAACUCUUUGUACCCUUUUUUUUGUUCUUUUAUUUCAUUUGUACUUCACAGUUUUGUAUUUCUUUCUUCAUGUAAAGAAAAAUCACAAUUCUUUAGGCUGCUUCAGAAUAAUUCUCCUGUUGCCAGUUGCCAUCCAAAGGAUAGGAAAUGUAAUAUAAUCUCUCUCUCUCUCUCUCUCUCUCUUUUUAAUUUAAGAUUUUGUUGUUGUUGUUUUUGUCA